UUCUCUCCUCCAUUUUCUCCUUUCCCCUUCCUCCCUGCCCCGGCCCACCCUCUCCGAUUCCACCUGUCCUUCCUCCUUGCUCCUGGGGAGCCCCCGUUUUGGACUAGUUGGGGGCCACUGUCGGCGGCGGGGGAGGGGGCCCUGUGGACUGCCCUCUCCCCCCGCCCCGGCCACACCACCACCCAGCGCCAGAGCAUCUCCUCGCUGUCUUCUCGGGCCUCGAGGGAGCCCAGCCCUCCGUCCCACCAGGAUCCGUGGCGAGUGGGGGCCGCGGCAGCUGCGUCCCCAUGAGGAGGGGAGGAAGAUGCCGGCUGAGCUGCUGCUGCUGCUGAUUGUUGCCUUCGCCAGCCCCAGCUGCCAGGUGCUCUCAUCACUGCGCAUGGCUGCAAUCCUGGACGACCAGACGGUGUGCGGCCGAGGUGAGCGUCUGGCCCUGGCUCUGGCCCGGGAGCAGAUCAACGGGAUCAUCGAGGUCCCAGCCAAGGCCCGGGUGGAAGUAGAUAUCUUUGAGCUUCAGCGGGACAGCCAGUACGAGACCACGGACACCAUGUGUCAGAUCCUGCCCAAGGGGGUCGUGUCUGUCCUGGGGCCCUCCUCCAGCCCUGCGUCUGCCUCCACCGUGAGCCAUAUCUGUGGGGAGAAGGAGAUCCCCCACAUCAAGGUGGGUCCCGAGGAGACACCCCGCCUGCAGUACCUACGCUUCGCGUCCGUCAGCCUGUACCCCAGUAACGAGGACGUCAGCCUGGCGGUCUCCCGCAUCCUCAAGUCCUUCAACUACCCCUCGGCCAGCCUCAUCUGCGCCAAGGCCGAGUGCCUGUUGCGGUUGGAGGAGCUGGUGCGUGGCUUCCUCAUCUCCAAGGAGACGCUGUCGGUGAGGAUGCUGGACGAUAGCCGGGACCCCACACCGCUGCUCAAGGAGAUCCGGGAUGACAAGGUGUCCACCAUCAUCAUUGACGCCAACGCGUCUAUCUCCCACCUUAUCCUCCGUAAGGCCUCAGAGCUGGGGAUGACCUCAGCAUUUUACAAGUACAUCCUCACCACCAUGGACUUUCCCAUCCUGCACCUGGACGGGAUCGUGGAGGACACCUCCAACAUCCUGGGCUUCUCCAUGUUCAACACCUCACAUCCCUUCUACCCCGAGUUUGUGCGCAGCCUCAACAUGUCCUGGAGGGAGAACUGUGAAGUCAGCACUUACCCAGGUCCUGCGCUGUCGGCGGCCCUGAUGUUUGACGCCGUGCACGUGGUGGUGAGCGCCGUCCGGGAGCUGAACCGUAGCCAAGAGAUCGGCGUGAAGCCGCUGGCCUGUACGUCAGCCAACAUUUGGCCCCACGGGACCAGCCUGAUGAACUACCUGCGCAUGGUAGAGUAUGAUGGGCUGACUGGGAGGGUCGAGUUUAACAGCAAAGGGCAGAGGACCAACUACACCCUGCGCAUCCUGGAGAAGUCCCGGCAGGGCCACCGCGAGAUCGGGGUAUGGUACUCUAACCGGACCCUGGCCAUGAAUGCCACCACCCUGGACAUCAACCUGUCGCAGACGCUGGCCAACAAGACGUUGGUGGUCACGACCAUUCUGGAGAACCCAUACGUCAUGCGCCGGCCGAACUUCCAGGCCCUGUCUGGGAACGAGCGUUUCGAGGGCUUCUGCGUGGACAUGCUGCGAGAGCUGGCCGAGCUCCUGCGCUUCCGUUACCGUCUGCGGCUGGUGGAGGAUGGGCUGUACGGGGCGCCGGAGCCCAACGGCUCUUGGACAGGCAUGGUCGGCGAGCUCAUCAACCGGCAGAAGGCGGACCUGGCGGUGGCGGCAUUCACCAUCACGGCCGAGCGGGAGAAGGUCAUCGACUUCUCCAAACCCUUCAUGACCCUGGGGAUCAGCAUCCUCUACCGAGUGCAUAUGGGUCGCAAGCCUGGUUACUUCUCCUUCCUGGACCCCUUCUCCCCUGCUGUGUGGCUCUUCAUGCUUCUCGCCUACCUGGCCGUCAGCUGCGUCUUGUUCCUGGCCGCAAGGCUGAGCCCCUAUGAGUGGUAUAACCCCCACCCGUGUCUGAGGGCGCGCCCCCACAUCCUGGAGAACCAGUACACGCUGGGCAAUAGCCUCUGGUUCCCCGUGGGGGGCUUCAUGCAGCAGGGCUCGGAGAUCAUGCCCCGGGCGCUGUCCACGCGCUGCGUCAGUGGAGUCUGGUCUGGAAGUCAGAAAGCCGAAAUCUCACUGGGCUCAAGUCCAGGUGGGGGCAGGGCUGGCUCCUUCUGGAGGCUCUAGGGGAGGAUCUGUUUGCCUGACUUUUCUAGCAUCUAGAAGCCACCUGCAUUCCUCGGCUAAUGGCUGCUUUCUCUGGCUCUGACCUCCUCCUUCCACUUAUAAGGACCCUUGUGAUACCACUGGGCCCACCCAGAUAAUCAGGGAUAAUCUCCCCAUCUCAAAUUCCUUAACUUCAUCAUAUCUGCAAAGGCCCCUUUACCCCGUAAGGGGACAUACUCAUGAGUUGCAGGGCUUCGGAUGGAGACAUCUCUGGGGGCAGGGGUCCUUCUGCCUACCACAUACCCCAGUUGCAACUAAAGCAAACAGGGCACGUGGGAGAGAACAGUAGGGAAUGUGGAUGCUCAGGGAAGCCUCCUUGAGGAGGUGACAUCUAGGCUGAGCCCUAAAGGCUAAAACAGAGGCGUCCAGGCCCAGGAGAUGGAGGAGCAUUCCAGACAGUCUACGGAGGCACGUGGCCCCACUGUGACAAAUCUGACCGAGUCUUCAGGUCAGGUGGUGGACGGGUGACCUCCUCUCUGCAGACCGUCCCUUCUGCUCCUCCGUCAGGGACCCCUUCCCCUGCUGGGUAUUCUCUGCCUGUACUCAUCACCAUCACCCCGGCAGCCUCCAGUCACACCCACCCCUGCCCCACUGGAGACUUUGACCCCAAGCUCACUCUCUUCUCCACCCUAAGUCCUUCCACACGUUCACUUGGUCACUUGGUCAGUGGAGGUCUCAACAGAUGUUUCCUAGUCUCUAACUG